AUGGGAUCUAUGGUGUCCUACGUUGCUCAAUUGUGUGGGCAGCAAAAAAAGCAAGAGGUGGAGAGACAAUUACGGGCCAAUGAUAGACCUUUCAACCUUUCCUACCACUAUGCUAAUAAUGCCAUCAAGACAUCAAAAUACAACAUAUUUACCUUUCUGCCGCUUAAUCUUUUCGAGCAGUUCACGAGGCUCGCCAACUGCUUCUUCCUAUUCCUCUUCACCCUUCAGCUCAUCCCACAAAUUUCUUCACUGGCCUGGUUUACCACAGCUGCUCUUCUCAUUUUGGUGCUUUCUAUAACAGCGGUCAAAGAUGCUGCAGAUGACAUAAACCGACAUAAAAGUGACAACCAAGUGAAUAACCGUGAAGUGAGCGUCCUUGUCGAAGGAGAGCUUAGAACUGAAAAAUGGAAGAAUAUUCAGGUUGGAGAUGUUGUUAAACUGGAGAAUAACCAGUUUGUCACUGCAGACCUUCUUUUGCUCUCCAGCAGCGAGCCUCUUAAUGUGGUUUAUGUUAAAACAGCAGAAUUAGAUGGUGAAACCAAUCUGAAGGUGAAACAAGCGUUGACUGUCACUGGAAGGAUGAGAGAUAGCACUGAAGCACUGGCCAGCUUCAAUGGGGAAAUAAAAUGUGAGCCACCAAAUAAUCGUCUGGAAAUUUUUAAAGGGACAUUGACAGUAGAUGGACAAAUGUAUUCUUUGGAUAAUGACAGAGUGCUUUUACGUGGAUGCUCUGUGAGAAACACAGAGUGGUGCUUUGGACUGGUUAUCUUUGGAGGUCCAGACACCAAGCUGAUGCAGAACAGUGGAAAGACAACUUUUAAACGGACUGGGAUUGAUCACCUCAUGAAUGUGUUAGUUCUUUGUAUUUUUGUUUUUCUGCUGUCCAUCUGCUCCGUUCUGGCUAUUGGUCAUGCUGUCUGGGAGACGAAGCAGGGGUCCGUUUUUGCUGUGUUCCUCCCUCCAGAACCUGACAUUGAAGCUCCCGUCUCAUCAUUCCUCUCCUUUUGGUCUUAUGUGAUCCUCCUUAACACAGUGGUGCCCAUGUCUCUCUUUGUUAGUGUGGAGGCCAUCCGUCUGGUAAACAGUUUUUACAUUGACUGGGAUAGGAAGAUGUAUUACCCCAAGAGUGACACUCCUGCUCAGGCAAGGACCACCACACUGAACGAGGAGCUGGGUCAGAUCAAAUAUAUCUUCAGUGACAAAACUGGUACCUUGACACAGAACAUCAUGACAUUCAACAAGUGCUCAAUCAAUGGCAAAAGUUAUGGAGAGUUAUUUGACCUGACAGGACAGAGGGUUGAAAUUACAGAGAAUACACCAAGAGUCGACUUCUCAUGGAACCAGCUAGCUGAUCCAAAGUUCAUUUUUCAUGACCAUUGUCUGGCUGAAACUGUCAGGGAGGGCAACUUGGAGGCGCAAGCCUUUUUCCGUUUGUUGGCUCUUUGCCACACCGUGAUGCCUGAGGAAAAGAAAGCGGGGGAACUUUAUUACCAGGCUCAGUCCCCUGAUGAAGGUGCUCUGGUCACUGCUGCGAGAAACUUCGGAUUUGUAUUCCACUCACGCACACCAGAGACCAUCACAGUUGUGGAAAUGGGCAAACUCGUCAUCUACGAACUUUUGGCUGUUUUAGACUUCAAUAAUAUGCGCAAGCGGAUGUCAGUCAUUGUGCGUAGCCCUGAGGGGAGAUUAACUCUAUACUGCAAAGGAGCAGACACCGUGAUGUAUGAGAGACUCCACUCCUCCUGUAACACACUGAUGGGCGUCACCACCGGACACCUCAAUGAAUAUGCAGGUGAUGGUCUUCGCACUUUGGUUCUAGCUUACAAAGAUUUGGAUGAGAGCGCCUUUAAAGAGUGGAUGCAGCGUCACUAUGAGGCCAGCAUAUCCAUCAACGGAAGAGAUGAGAAACUCGAUGAGCUGUAUGAAGAGAUUGAGAAAGACUUGUUGCUGCUGGGAGCAACAGCUGUCGAAGACAAGUUGCAGGAUGGUGUCCCACAGACAAUCGAGCAACUGGCCAAAGCUGCCAUCAAAAUCUGGGUGUUGACUGGGGAUAAACAAGAGACUGCAGAGAAUAUUGGCUAUUCAUGCAACAUGCUGCGAGAGGAGAUGAAGGAUGUGUUCAUCAUUUCAGCAAAUACGAUGGAAGGAGUCAAAAACGAGCUUCAGCUUGCAAGAAGGAAAAUGUGCCCAACAGCAGCAGAGAAACCAAAUGUGACCAAAGCUCAUGUCGGCCUCUUGUGGCUGCAGAAGACAGAAACUAUUCAUGAUGAUAAAGUCGAUGGAGAAUAUGCUCUUGUCGUAAAUGGACAUAGUCUGGCCUUUGCCUUGGACAAAGAUUUAGAAUUGGAACUUUUGAGGACGGCAUGUAUGUGUCAAACAGUGAUUUGCUGUAGGGUGACUCCACUACAGAAAGCCCAAGUUAUUAAACUAGUCAAGAAAUAUAAACAGGUGGUCACCCUGGCAAUUGGGGAUGGGGCUAAUGACGUUAGCAUGAUCAAGGCUGCACACAUUGGUGUUGGUAUAAGUGGUCAGGAAGGUAUGCAGGCUGUUCUGUCCAGCGACUUUUCCAUUGCCCAGUUCCGCUAUCUGCAGCGCCUUCUGUUGGUGCAUGGGCGCUGGUCAUAUCUGCGCAUGUGCAAGUUUCUAAACUAUUUCUUUUACAAAAAUUUCACCUUCACCUUGGUUCAUGUCUGGUAUUCCUUCUUCAGUGGUUUUUCGGCACAGACUGUGUAUGACCAGUGGUUUGUCAGCAUGUACAACGUAGCGUACACGGUACUCCCUGUCCUUGGUAUGAGUCUCUUUGAUCAGGAUGUGAAUGACAGGUGGAGUGUCCAGUAUCCUCAGCUCUAUUCUCCAGGGCCUCUCAACAUUUACUUCAAUAAGAAGUCCAUGGUGUACUGCAUGAUCCACAGUUGCUACAGCUCCCUCAUUGUGUUCUUCAUUCCUUGGGCAGCUAUACAGGACACAGUGGGAGAUGACGGAAAAGAUAUUGCAGAUUAUCAGUCCUUUGCAUUAGUGGUGCAGACUUGUCUUCUCAUAAUAGUCAACAUCCAGCUCUGUCUAGACACACAUUACUGGACAGUUUUGAACCAGUCCUUCAUGUGGAGCAGCCUAGUAUUCUACUUUGCCACCACAUUCGCAAUGCAUAGUAAUGACAUGUUUUCCAUAUUCACCUCUGCAUUCCCUUUCAUCGGAACAGCAAGGAACUCUUUGAGCCAGCCUAAUGUUUGGUUGACAAUUUUCUUGACAUGCCUCCUCUGUGCUCUUCCGGUGAUAGCGUUCCGUUUUAUGACCAUUGUGCUUUUGCCCACCAUCAAUGACAAGGUGAGACAUAUGGUGCGUGAGCAGCCGCAGCCAGGUCCUGCGCCUUGUCGUCCACUAGCCAGAAGAAUCAGCACACGACGUUCAAGCUAUGCCUUCUCUCAUACUCAGGGCUAUGGUAAUCUGGUGACAUCACCAAGAUUCUUCUUAAAGCGUCCUCUAAAGAGUCAGAAAACCUUAUACAAACAAAUGGACUCUCCUGUGGCCCAGAACCAGCCACAACUCUACCGUACUAUGACAGACAAAAGUCUAAAUGACUAA